AUGACCAAUAACCAUUCGGCUCCUACGAGCAAUGAACAACAAUCAACCACCACCAACAAUAGUGUUACAGCCACAUCAUCAUCAACGAACAACAGCAACACCCUAUCAGUUCCGAUCAAUAGUAACAACAACAAUCCAUCUCCAAUCGUACGAAAGCUAUCCAACUCAGGAACAACCACACCACAGAUACCCUCUCUUCCUCCACCUCAUCAUCCUUAUUAUUCAGUUCCACCAGGAACUAGCUAUACCCAUGUACCUCCUCCAUCUCAUCAUCAACAACAGGUACUUCAUCAUCAUGGACAUCCUUCAUCGUCCUAUUAUACUCACCCUCCUCCUCCGUAUGCAAUGAUGAAUCAUCCACCCUAUGCAUCUUAUUUGCCCCCACCAUCCUCGUCAGGACCUACAACUUCGACAACCACAAUGCCUUCAUCAACCACAUCCUCAACUGCAAAUUCCCUGCAGCCUCAGCCUACGAAUUCGAAUGCCAUGUACUAUUCACCUCCACAUUAUCCCUUGUAUCCAACAACAACACUUCCUCAUCAGCAACCUCCUCCUUCUCAUCCAACACAUUCAAUCUAUGCUUCUCAUCAGCCAAUUUAUAGCGGAACGCCACCAACUGGUACCACUUCUGUGAUGCCUCCUUCACAUCCAACGACAUCUGUUCCCUCGUCUCAUCCUAUUCCAUCACAUCAACCACCACCACCACAAAAACAAUCCAAAAAGAAGAAAAAGUCGAAGAGUACUACGACCGUAGCUUCAUCAGGUUCUACUGCCAUUAUUUCCUCAUGUCCAACUGACCCUUUGGAUAUUUCACGAAGAUUGAGUGGAAAAAUUGAUCUUAUUGAAGGAUUUACUAUGGAUAGAAUUUUACAACGAGUUGUCAUUCUGCCUCAAGAUGAUAACGGACGUGUGAUUUCCGAAAAACAAACAGUGAAAAUUGAUUCAUCACUAAGAAAUCAAUAUUCGACUCUUAAACUUAUAGUGUGGUUAUGUGAAAUGUGUGUGGACAAAAUUACAGAUAACAUUUCACCUGUACGAUCUCUCUAUGAAGAAGUGGUUGGCUCCAAUAACGAAAUUAGUGUUCAAGAUUUAAUGUUUCCAACGACCAUUUUUUCAUCGGGAAGAAAAGCACAUUUUUUAAGGUUCGUUCUGUAUGAUAUGGCCAAAGAGACAGAGAUGGUUGCUUUUUGUGAUACCUGUCCUUUUGAAAUCCGUAGUAGACAAUCUCAAGUGAAUACUGCUACUACUUCGACAUCCAUUCCUACUCAAAAUAUUCCUGUUCGAAAUAACUAUCCAUUCGCUGUACCUUCUCAAAAACCAUUACCAAUCCUUCCUUCUGCAACAGUUGUCACUUCUGAGACACCUUCAUCGACCGUCAGUGUUGGAGAGAAACCGACAUUGGACUUUCUUAAAAGAUUAGUUUCAACAGCAACGCUUUCAGAAGAUAUUAACAGUUGGGAUAAUUUCAUGCAUACUCUCAAUCAAUUAGUAAUCAUGGGUGAUUCCUCUUUUUUGAACACAUCUUCUGGAUCCUUCUCUAAACGAGCCGACGUUUCAGACAUUCAAGCAACAAAAGAAUUAAUGAUGAGAGGACAGAGAAAAAAUACAUGUAUUUAUCCAUAUAUUGAACAAUGUUAUCCUGCUUUUGGCCCAGCUCGAGGAGGUAUUCAAAUUAGCAUUAAUGUGAAAGAUCUUAAUAUGUAUGAUGAAGAUGAUCUAACAGUCACAUUUGAUGAUAUUAAGGUUCCAAAAACAGACUUUGUAUCCAUUCGUCCGAACAAAAUUUUGUUAUAUCUUCCUGCUUUACCAUCUAAUCACAUUCUAGGCAAAGUCGAUGUUGCUAUAUCUGUGAGAAAUGAAUUGGAGGACUUUUGUCACGUGUUAUAUGAUGCGUUUGAGUAUCUAAAUAAUGAUGUUUUUGAGAAGAAAAAGUCAUCCAUACCCACACCCAUCGAAAGACCUUCCAGCAGCAGGAACAAGAACAUUAGCCAGGUUCUCAUUCGACCUCUCUCCGAUAGUAAUGGAGUCAAUGAAGAUCUCAUGACAAAGAAUGAGCUCUACAACAGUGACACUGCAAAAUAUAUCACCAGUAUUUAUUUUGAACCAGGCUUCCUUAAAGGUAGUCCCUUGGAACCUGCUCAACGGUUUAUUUGGCUACUAAGAAAGAGUGAAACUUUUGAGAAUCUUGUUGGACAUCUCUCUUCAAAAGAAAUUGAUUGUGGUGGAGUUCUCUCUAUCAGAGACAUGACUCCUCCUACCUUGAAACAAUCGGAGGAAUCCGAUAUUCUUGAAAUACCUAUUGAAAUUGAUCGAAGAAUAUGCAGUGAGAAGUAUAAUUGUACCAUGGUUCUUCAAUUGUAUGACGUUAUGCAAAAACAGGUGCAUUACACUUCACGACCAUUCUCCAUUCUUCAAAAGCCUCCAAAAUCAGUGGCAUACAGUAGUUUCAAUGAAGAUGAACGAGUAUUACAAUUACUUGAGAAAAUUAAAACUCCAAAGGCACGAAAGACAGCAUUACGAGGAGGAGCAUUAGAUCCAACUUUGAAUUAUCUGGGACAAACGAAAACCCAUAUCGCUUGUCUUUCUGGAAAUGAUCAUGAAUUGAAGAGACACUUCCAACCCGCACAUCUCGUGGCCCAUGACUUGUUUCUGAGAAAUCCUCUCCACUUGGCUUUUGCUUCUGGAAAUAUUGAGGCAGCCAAGUUCUGCAUUGAUCACUUGACCACCUCACCACAUUUACUUCUUCUCCAGAGAGACUACUACCACCACACACCUUUCCAUUUGGCUCUCAAAUUCAAUCGUACACAUUUCAUGAAGGAAAUUUGCUUGUUUCUCAAGUCCUAUUUGAUCAAGUAUUCGGUUCAACAACAACAACAGCAAUCUGACCAUACGACCGCAGCAUCACCAUCAUCAUUAGAGAACACAGAGCAACCUUCAGGUCAAAAUGAUAAGGAGUUGUUGUCGUCUCAAAAGAAGAGAAAAAGUACAACCUCUACGACGAAUGCCAAUGUCAUUACACCUUCACCACCACGACCAUCAAAGAAAAGAAAACAAUCAAUUGUGGAGGAAGAUUCAUCCGAUGAUCAUGAGCAAGAUGAUGAUGUCUUGGUGGUAGAAGACAAUUGA